CAGGCCACGCCCAUGGGGAUGGGGGUCGCUUAAACGAUGCCCACAUCCUCCGGGAAAACGGCGGCUCCGACGCCCCGUUGGUCCGCCGCGCCGCGGCGGCGGCGGCCGGCACCGUGGAGUGGCUGCUGGGCGUGCUGCCGGCGGGGGCCCUGGUAUUCUACACGACUUCCUGUACCCUGGGCACAGCCGGAUGAGGAUGGUGGGGCCGCCAGCGGGUUACGGCCAGCGCCUGCAGCAGGACCUGUACACCGCAGUCGCCAGGCAGCCCCGCAUAGCCGUGCGGCACGAGGCGGGCGUGCUGGGGCUCGCCACCUCCGCCGGCGGGCGCGUGCGCGGCGUGAGGCUCGCAGGGGGGGAGGUGCUGGAGGGCGCCUGCGUCGUGCUCGCCACGAACGGCUUUGGCGCCAACAAGGCGAUGGUCCGUGAGCACCUGGGGAGCAGCGUGGCCAACGGUGUCUACCUGGGCUCGCCCCUGAACACGGGGGAGGCCUUGGCGUGGGCGGCGCAGCUGGGCGCGGCCACCGAGCGCAUGGGCGCCUUCCAGGGCCACGCCUCGGUGGUCGCCCCGAGCGGCCCCCUCGUGACCUGGGGCGUGGUGGUCAACGGCGCCAUCCUGGUCAACACCGAGGGCAGGAGGUUUGGCAACGAGCUGGUGGGCUACUCCGCGUACUCGCGCAGCGUCAUGGCGCAGCCGGGGGCGGAGGCGGUGGAGGUGUUCCCCGAGGCGUGCCUCGCGGCGUGCCGCGGCACCCGCUUCGAGGAGGUGCUGGAGGCCGGCGCGAUGGGCACCUUCGGGUCCGUGGAGGAGCUGUGCAGCGCUCACGGCCUGCCCCCCGAGCGCCUCGCGGCGGCCGUCGACGAGGUGCGCCGCGCUGCCGGCGGCGCGGACGGCUUCGGGCGGCCGUGGCCGCGCGAGAGCCCGUUCGGAGGCGUCCCCGGCGCCCUGCACGCGGUCCGGGUCCGGGCGGCGCUCUUCCACACCCAGGGCGGCCUGCGGUGCGACGCCUCCCAGCGCGUGCUGCGCGCGGACGGCUCCCCGAUCGGCGGGCUGUUCGCCGCGGGGGGCACGGCGGCGGGGCUGAGCGGCCACGACGCCCUCGGGUACCUCUCCGGCAACGGCCUCCUGCACGCCGUGGUCUCGGGCCGGUGGGCGGGGCGGGCGGCGGCAGGUGUCUGGUGCGACGGGGUGCCGGCGCCUUCUCUGUGAGACGCGGGCGUCGCGAGCAG